AUGGAUUGUGGAAGUUAUCACUACUUCAUCUGCAAAGACGAUAAGACUAAGUAUACUUUCAUACCCAAAGCAAAGAAGUGGUCUGAGGCUCAGCAGUACUGUCAGGACAACGACAAAGAUUUAGCAAACAUUGAGAGCUCAGAUCUGUACACCACUGUAAACGAGGAGGACUUUCCCGUCUGGAUUGGUCUCCACAGAGAUGGUGGAUCAUGGAACUGGAGCGCAGGCCACUCAGAAUAUAAGAAGUGGAAAUCUAAGGAGCCGAGUAGCGAAGGUGAUUGUGUCUCCAUCUCCUCUGAAAGGAAAGAAAUGGCUGUCCAAAACUGCUCUGCCUACUCUCCAUUCCUCUGCGUCUCCGACAACGUGUUCCUGGUGAAGAAGGAAAAGAGCUGGGAGGAGGCGCUGGAAUACUGCAGAGGACUCCGGUCAUCCACAAACAGUAACCUUCGCUUCGAUCUAAUCAGCCUGCAGCCAGGAGAGGAGCACGUCUACAUGAUGAACAAGGUCAUGGAGGCUGACACAGACGAGGUGUGGACAAGCCUGAGUUUCCUGGCUGGUGAAUGGCUGUGGGUGAACGGAGCAGAUAUGAGGCACACUGACCUGCCCUCCUGCCCCGCCCCACAGCAGUACUGUGGGGCCCUUUCUAAACAUGAUACGGGCAGAAUAAAGACGAGAGACUGUUCACAGAAGAAAAACUUUCUCUGUUUCUGGGUGUAG